CCCCCGGUGGGGUGGGUUCUCACCCUGCAUCGAGGGCACAGCCGCUCGUGGGAGCGCCUUGGGCAGGGCACGGUGAUGCCGCUGCCGCGGGUGGGCGCAGGCCUUGCUGCCUCCCAGCUGCCUUGCCCCCUCUCCUCCCUGCCCCCAGCUCCCCCCGCCACCACCUCCCUCCCUUCCAGCCACACUCAACCCCUUCUCUCCCUCCUCCCGCAGGCCAUGGCUGCCACAGAAUUCCUCAUCCGGGUUCUGCUAGGGACCAUUUGGUACCCGCAGAAGGUCGGUGAUGAGCUGGAUGAGGCCACGCGCGAGCGCAUGCAGCAACGUGCGCAGCUGCUGAGCUUGGAGAUGUCUCGGCUGCUGCAGGAGCUGGAGCAGAGCCGCCAGGAGCCAAACAGCCAGGAGCCGAGCAGCGUGGCCUGGGGAGCCCUGCUCUUUGCUGCCUUGCAGCAGUGGCAGUUCCGGGCCAUUACUGGAGUCCUGGUCCUGCUCUUUGGGCUCUGGUGGUGGCUCAGCAGAAGGAGCCGUGAGCAGGAUGGCAGCAGUGACGAGGAGAGCUCCAGCAGUGACAGGGAGCAGGUGGAGGAGGCACAGGAGGAAGAAGAAGGAAAUGAUGAUGCCGAUGACCUAGGAAGGUUUUUUGAGGAGCACAUACAGUGGCCAGUCCAGGACCUGGCCACAGAGUGCCAGCUGGUGAAGGACUUGAUGGACAACCUCGUCCUUGUCUUCCAAAUGCUCUUGUCAAAUAGUUUGAUGCCGGUGUUGCAAGCAGCCAUUGGGGUUGGCAGCGCCUUUGAAGGUUGGAGUCCCCGUGAGAAAGACAUCACCUAUCGCCUGCUCGUGCCCCUGAAGCCCCCCCGUGGGCAUGCCUUCCACCUGGAACUCUGCACUGACGAGGAGAUGCCAGUGAGGUGCUUCUGCAUCCGCGUGGAGCUUGUGUGCACGUGCAUGACAGAGCAGCUGGCAGGAGAGAUGCUGUGUCUACUCCACCACCCCGAGGAGGAGCUGAGGAGGAAUCAGGACCCCAGCCUCCUAGACACCCUCUGUACAGGCUCCUACCUAGAUGUGCAGAAAACUGCUCGCUGGUUGCAUCUGUUGGUGAAAGGUGCCUGGGUGGUUUUGCCUCAGUCGUCCAGGUGUCAUCUAAUGAUGCUGCCACCCAGUCGCUCCUGCAAAUUCCAGGUGACAAAAGAUUACAGCAAAAAACACACCAUUGAGAUGAUGUUUGGGGUGCAGCAAGGCGACUCGGACAUCUUCCUGAGCAGCCAGAGUACAGAGGCCAUCUUCACCCCAAGCACAAUUUGGUCAGAGAGCUACGCUGUGGCUGAGAUGAAGUUCUUCAGGCACAUAGCCCGGCAGGUCCCGCGUGACAGCUUCCACCUCAGAUGCCUGCAGCUCUGUGCUCGCGCCAUGGUGGGCACAGGCUUUUCCACCUAUACCUUGAACACAGCUGUGAUGCACCUCCUGACCACCAUACCCCUGUCAGGCUGGCGCAGGAGGGAUUUCCUGCUGCGGCUGCAGGAUAUCAUGCGAUACCUGCGCUGCUGCCUGGAGGAGAAAUGCCUUGACCACUUCUUCUUUGGCAAUGAGAACAUGCCCCAGGAGAUUGUCUUGCCCCCAGCUUUACAAGCAGCCGAGCCACCCAACCUCUUCCAGCACCUGGCACAGGAUCCAGCCGCCCAUGCUGAGGCACUGCAUGACUUCUAUGAGCUGCGUGAUCGGCUCACGAGACUGCUGAUCUAUGGAAACUGAAAGAGGUCUUCCAGAGCUGUGUUUGCAGGGCUCACAGCCAACGGCAGACAGUGACCUCC